AUGGAAAUUUUAAGAUUGUUUAUUUUAUUCUUUUGCAUAAUAAUAGCUAGUGCAGAGUUAGUGGGUCCUGAGGCCAGUAAAAAAGUGAAAAAUGACGAAGAAACUACAGAACCACCGGACACUGACGAACCUGAGGACUAUAGUGAAAUAACUUCAGCUAUGAGAAAAGAGAUCAAAAUGCUUCAAGAAUACGCUGAUGCUAUGAGAAAAUCCAAAGAAUUACUGAAAGACGAAGAUCCGAAAGAACCAAAUGAAAAGGAUAACAUGGAGCAAAUGGAAUAUACAUUUAAGCUGAUUAAGAACAGUCUUCUGCGACAGACUGAACCAAGCUGGGUGGAAGCAGCCAAAGGAAUGAUUGACUCCUUAGAGACUGAAGUUGGGAGACCAGAAGAAAAUCCUCAGGAUUAUCUUGAUAGCCUACCCCCACUACCAAAAGAAGAAGAAAUUGAACUUUCUCCUGAAAUACAAGAAGCAAAAGAGCUUUUCGACUCAGCAGUGAAAAAGAUAGAUAAAAGAUCACCAGAUCUACGUGGGGCUAUCUUGCAAGUGAAACAAGCGGCUGACAGAGGAUAUGCACCUGCCAAAAUAAAAUUGGCCUGGUCAUACAUUUUUGGUGAAGGGAUGGAACUUGACGUUGAGAAGGCAAGGAAUAUAUUCUCAGAACUUGCUGAAGAGGGCAAUGCUGAUGCACAUGCUGGUCUUGGGUUCCUACAUGCAACCGGUGUGGGAGUACCAGUGUCUCAAGCGAAAGCCUUAGUCCACUACACUAUAGGAGCUAUAGGAGAAAGUGAUUAUGCACAGAUGGCCCUUGCAUACAGACAUUGGGUAGGCGUAACAGUGCCAAGUUCUUGUCCAAAAGCUAUGGAGCUAUAUAUGAAAGUUGCAAGUAAAGUGGCCAGCCAAGUGACAUUUAGCGGUGGUCCCGCGAUUCAAAGAACACGUUUGAUUGAUGAAGCUGAGGGAACCGGACCAACUGCUGCGCUUGAUACAGAUCUUAUUGAAUACUACCAGUUGUUGGCUGAGAAAGGAGAUGUUCAGGCUCAGGUCGGUCUAGGUCAAUUACAUUUCCAAGGCGGUCGCGGUGUGACCCUGGAUAUACAAAAAGCUUUACACUAUUUCAAACAAGCCGCUAAAACUGGGAACGCUAUGGCCAAUGCGUAUCUUGGAAAGAUAUAUUUAGAGGGAGGCGACGGAAUAAAGGCAAACAACGAAACGGCGCUUCAUUAUUUCAGAAAAGCUGCUGAAUUGAACAACCCAAUUGGUCAGAGUGGUCUGGGAUUGAUGUAUUUACAGGGUCGCGGCGUGCCAAAAGACGCCAAUAUAGCAUACAAAUACUUUACGAUGUCCGCGAAUCAGGGAUGGAUGGAAGGACAGUUGCACCUUGGUUUCCUGUAUUUAAGUGGAACAGGUGUCCGUCGUGACUUUAAACAGGCGAACAAAUACUUCUCUCUUGCGUCGCAGUCGGGUCAUGUGCUGGCCUUGUACCAUUUGGCACAAUUGCAUGCGCAAGGGUUGGGUGUGAUGCGUUCCUGUACUACCGCUACAGAGUUAUUUAAAAACGUAUGCGAACGUGGUCCGUGGUCGUCCCGACUAAUGCUAGGACACGCGGCUUGGCGAGCGAGGGACACAGAUUCAGCGUUGUUGCAGUACUUGGCUCUUGCUGAACGCGGUUUUGAGAUCGCCCAGAGUAAUGCUGCUUAUUUGUUGGAUGAUGGUGAAGUCCAACUUUUCCCAGAAGAAGAAAGAUGGCGUCGGGCUUUACAGCUUUGGUCCCGUGGAGCAUCCCAAGGCUGUGCCUCCGCACGAGUCAAGCUGGGAGACUACCACUAUUAUGGGCUGGGAACCAACGUGGACUUAGAGGCAGCUGCUUAUCAUUACAGGAUAGCAUCAGAACAGCUCCACAACCCUCAAGCUACCUUCAACCUAGGCUACAUGCACGAGCGAGGCUUAGGCUUAGCUCGCGACAUCCACCUGGCCAAGAGGUGCUACGACCUGGCGGCUGAUGCGGCUCCGGAGGCAAGACUGCCGGCUGCCUUGGCACUGGCUCGGCUUACAGCUGUUACGACGCUAUCCUCGUUGAUGGAUUCCAUAUUGCAGAGUCCGCUAGCGAUGAUAUUCCUCUCUGGUGAAUCUACGCUUCUCUCGAAUUGGGAUGUCUACCUCAUUGCGAUAUUAGCGGCUGCCCUUGGCUUAGUGCUUUACCUCAGGAGACCGCAACCGACUAACUGA